AUGGAUAGCAUUCUCUUUGCCUUCUUUACAUCAGUUUUAAUUGUGUUCGUGCCAAUUGUUGGGAGUAUUGGAUUUGUUGGAAAUGUUCUUGUAUGUGUGACUAUAAUCUACACCAAGAAACUGCAUAAUAUGACCAAUUUGAUGAUACUCAACCUCGCUGUUGCAGACGCAUUGGUCUCUGCAUCUAAUGCUCCGUUUGCAACUAUUUCUUUCCAGUACUUACUUCUUGAAAACGGUUCAUCUCAUUCGAACAGCAGCAGCCAGUGUACAGCAGAGAUACUUUAUCAUUUCGACAGUAGUUGGGUUUAUUAUUUCAUUAUCAACUGCUUCUGUGCCCACUCUGUUCUCAGUCUCACUUUGGCCAAUUAUGAACGAUUUAUUGGAAUCACUCGACCUUUGCAGUACACAAGCUACUUCACUAGAAGAAAGAUCACGCUGUUGUUACUUGCUGUUUGGAUAAUUCCAGUAAUAGUGUAUUUGCCUCGAUCAGUUCUUAUUAUAGAUCAGUUCAAAAGAGACAAUUGCGCAAUUGAUGAGCUACAGAAACCUGCAGCCUUUGAUGUUGCAGCAAUGAUGUUGUAUCUGCUACCAUUUGCAGCUUCAAUCUGGAUGUACAUCAGAAUCCUCAUCAACCUGAAACAAGGAGCCAGAAACCUAGAAGAGCGAGGAAUCCAGGGCCCAGCUCAAGAACUGCACCAAGCUCACAAGAAAGUCACCAGCACUCUUGCUAUCGUCACCACAGCUUUCGGCAUUCUUGUCUUGCCUGGAGCCGUAUGUUACUCCAUAUCCUUGCUUCUGCUUGAAAAAAGUAUCAUAGUGGAGUAUGUCAUAUGGGUUGUGCUUGAAUUUCUAGCUUUGGUGAACUCGGCCAUCAAUCCAGUCUUGUAUGUUUUCAAGUAUAAACAGAUGAGAAAAGAAUUCAUAUCCAUGGUGUGCAGAUGUCAUCAACAAAGACAACCAAACCAAGUUGGUCCACUUUGA